AAGAAAAGAUGGUCAGAGUUAGUGUGCUGAAUGAUGCUCUCAAGAGCAUGUACAAUGCUGAAAAGAGGGGAAAGCGUCAGGUCAUGAUUAGACCUUCCUCAAAAGUCAUUAUCAAGUUCCUUAUUGUCAUGCAAAAGCAUGGUUACAUUGGAGAAUUUGAGUAUGUCGAUGAUCAUAGGUCUGGAAAGACUGUUGUUGAACUGAAUGGAAGGCUAAACAAGUGUGGUGUUAUUAGUCCUCGCUUCGAUGUAGGAGUUAAGGAGAUUGAAGGAUGGACUGCUAGAUUGCUCCCUUCCCGACAGUUUGGGUACAUUGUAUUGACUGCCUCUGCUGAUAUUAUGGACCAUGAGGAGGCUCGGAGAAAGAAUGUUGGUUGA